AUAUUUUAUUUUUGAGAAAUCAGUGCCAAGACAAAGAGCAUGACCUUUUCAGACACAUGAUAUUUUGCUUUCACAAGCAAACAGCAACCGUUAGGUGGAUGUUUGCAUAUCUUUAAUGUACAGCUUCUUUAAAUGGCAAAGCAAGCCCUGAUGUGAAAUAAAAGGAAGGUUGACUAAAGAUGUAAGGAUAAAGUCCCAAAUCAACAAAUGAGCAAGGCAGUCUAAUAAUAGGACACAGAGUGGGGCUCUGCAGAACCACCACUCAAAAAUACAAAGGUCUGGUUAGUUUAACCAGGAUACAUUGGUAAAUUCAUGAGGUUUGGGAACUGUUUAAGUCUGGUAUGGGGAGAAGAAAGAGGAAGGAAGUGUGGUGCUCUAGAGUCACUGAAUAUGUAAAUGUGCUUAGUUGUCAACAUGACAUAUUUUUUUUCCAAGGGAUAAUCCUCUAAAUAAAAUGGGAUUCUGAGCGGAAUAUCCAACUAUCGGAGGCUUGUGCCUGAAUCUAUUUUGAAUUUUUGGUUAUAUGUAACAUAAUAUUAAUAGCUUCACUUUUAAAAUCAAGUUCUGCUCUAGAAUUUAAUUCAGAGAAGUUCUCUGGCCUGUGUUAUACAGGAGGUCAUACAGGAGGUCUAGAUGAUCACAGUGGUCCCUUGUGGCCUAUAAUCUAUGCAUCUUUAAUUAGCAGGGCACCAGGCUAUUCUUGCCAACCUUUCAUGUUUGACCAAUACACAAUAACAGCAUGUGUUAUUCAUGUUACUGUAUAUAUCAGAAAAGUACAUAUCAGUUCUGCUCACUCCUUUUAAGUAUAUACCACUCACUCAACAAUGGGCAUAAGGUGCAAAUUUCAGACUGAGUGUAUUACAUUAAAGUAUUUGCUACAAGCAAUUUUUGGUUCGGUCAUGCAUUUGAAAUUUGUGUUAAACUUGUAAGCUAUCACUUAACAUUUUCUGGGGGUUUCCUAGUCCUGCUUGUAGGCUAAGGGGCUCUGUAGAGAAGUGUACAAUCUGAGUCUAUCAGCAGUCAGUUUGCAAGGAACCAGCCUGCAGCAAGGUGGAUUGAGUUAUGCCUCUCUGCCUUAAGAAGCAGCCUGCUUUCCCCCCCCCUCUGUUUUUGGUUCUUGUAUGUAAAAGUUCUGUAUUUGAAGAAGUAAAGUACUAUUGCAAUUCAGCCUCCCAGAAAGAGUAUUUUAUGCUUUUUGCUAUUUUCUCUGUUUCUAUAACAUGAACAUAACAGGUUCAUUGAAACAUUUUCACGUUAACGAAGUGGCUUAACAAAGACAAGAAUUUGCCAGCAUCUGCACAAUCAAAGUGUAUAAAAUAAGCGCAUGAAUAAAAACAGUUUAAAAAGCAUUGAAAAAAUACCUGCCCAGAAAAUUCAGCAGAAACAUUACCUUAAACGCAUAUAAAAAGAUGCACAAAAUGCAGCCACUACAUUGUAAAAAUCGUAAGAACAUCCACCAAAACUAACAACAGCUUUGCAAAAAGAAUAAACACCAACAAUGGGGAAAUGUCAAAGGUUCUGGGACUUGAUUAAACAUCUGGUAGUUGACGUUUUUCUGAAGCUAUGAAAACCGCAUCCUGUGAGGCUCAGUCCUCACACAACUCCCCUCGCCCUGUGGCUCUCACUAUUUGAUAUUAUCUUCUUGAGAUGGAUGAGGCCUGAUGGUCUACUAAGCCCACUGGGCCACUGACAGCUUCAGGAGGUAGUCAGCAGGCCUGCCCCUUUCUGUGCAGACUUCAGAGGAUAAAUCCCAAGACAAAUCUGCUAAUAGAUAUGUGUGGAAUUGUGUGUGGAGAAGAGACUUCAGCCUUGAGAAAAUAUACUGUUGAUAGGUAUGAAUGGGGAAGGUAAGGAGAUAGCAGUAACAGGAAAAAAGAUUCCUCCCUUUGUGCAUCACUGGACAUACACAUCACACAAAUGGAGCAGUAAUGAUGGGCAGGAAGGAGAUGAAUCCAGACUAUUUCCAUCUCCCACCUCUUCCCCCCCAACCACCUCACAGGACUUAUUUACAUUAGGAAAAUUUAAACUUGUAAUUCAUCACUGGAACAGCUACAUAAGAAUGGCCAUCCUGGGUCAGACCAAAGGUCCAUCUAGCCAGUAUCCUGUCUUCCAACAGUGGCCAAUGCCAGGUGGCCCAGAGGGAAUGAAUGGAACAGGCGAUCAUCAAGUCUCCUGUCGCCCAUUCUCCACGGGUGAUAGUAACAGUAGAUGAUGUAGCAUACAGAGGCCUCAGGUGUUUUUACCACCACAUCAUACACCCAAGCUCUGAGUGACAUGAUGGCUGGCAUUACCCCCAGGGGUGCCACAUUGGUGGUGAAUUACAUGUUCCAAUUCCCCAAUAAGCAGCUAGAGUGUGUCAGGAGCAGGUUAUCAAGCUGAACCAUUGUCAAAGACAAUGCAGCUUGCAUACAUCCCCUGCACACUUGUCACUCAUGGAAGGAUUUUGUGUUGCUGAGGCACAGUUGCUUUGAGAGCUCCCCCGACUCCCUAUGGCCAAAGCCUCCCCAAAAUCCCCCCACAAAUGCAGAGCGCCCUGCACAAUCCAGCAGGGUGAGAGGAACAGGCAGGGGGAGAGAGGGAGAAGCCAGCGAACAGAGCAGGCCGGGGCCCCUUCUGAGCGUGGGCCCAGCUCCAUGGCGCCACUGUAAACCCCGCACCCUCCAGGGGUCAGCAACCUUUCAGAAGUGGUGGGCCCAGUCUUCCUCUAUUCACUCUAAUGGAAGGUUUCGCGUGCCAGUAGUACAUUUUACCGUUUGCAGACGGUCUCUUUCUGUAAGUCGAUAAUAUAUACCGGAACUAUUCUUGUAUGCAGAGUAAAUGAGCUUUUUAAACUGUUCAAGACGCUUCAUUUAAAAUUAAAUUAAAAUGCAGAGCCCCCGGACCGGGGCAGUGUGAGCGCCACGGACAAUGGCCAUGCGUGCCAUAGGUUGCCCACCCCUGGCUUACUCAGUUCCAGGUCUCCAAGGGGGCGCUGUCACAGAAGAUGAGGAGGCAGAGAAAAGGCUGUUUGGAGGCGGGGAAUUGCCUUGCCACAAGCCUUCCUCCUCCUCCUCCUCCUCCUCCUCUCAGCUCGAGCCACCCGCACCUUCCACACAAUGCCGCGCGCGCCGGCUGCGUUCCCCGGGGGCCAGCUCUUCCCUCCCUGCCGGCGCCUCGGGCAGGGUGGUUAGGUGCAGGGAGGGACCCGCUCUCACUUCCUCCUUGGGCUCGCUUGCCAUGCAGCGGCAGCAGCGGGUUGCUGCGCGUGUGGAGCGCCUCCCCCGCGGCCGCUGAGCGGGAGCCGGGGCAGGGAGCCCCCCCCCCGCCACCCCUUUGCCUUCCCUUCCCCGCGCGCGCGGCGGGGCGCGAGCAGCAGGUGGUGCGGAUGGGAAAAGCAGAGCCGGGAGGAGGCGCGAGGAUGAGCCGAGGCACGGGGGGCCUCCCCGCGGAGCAAGAAGGGGACGUGCUAAAGGAGCUGCAGAGCCUCGGGUGGUACCACGAUAAUCUCACCCGCCAUGCAGCAGAGGCUCUUCUUCUUUCCAAUGGAUGUGAUGGAAGCUAUCUCUUAAGGAAGAGUAAUGAAAGGAAUGACUUGUAUUCUCUCUCAGUAAGAGCAAGAGAUUCUGUGAAACAUUUCCAUGUGGAGCACAUGGGGUCUUCAUUCAAGUUUGGCUUUAAUGAAUUUCCCAGCUUGAAGGAGUUAGUCAUGCAUUUUGCAAACCAGCCUUUAAUUGGAAGCGAGACAGGCACCUUAAUUGUACUGAAACAUCCGUAUCCCCGGAAAGUGGAAGAACCUUCUAUUUAUGAGUCUGUCCGGGUUCACACUGCAAUGCAGACAGGAAAAACUGAAAAUGAUCUUGUCCUGAAUGCGCCUUCACUUGGUACAAAAGAAGGAUACUUGAUAAAACAAGGCAAAAUAGUAAAGAAUUGGAAAAUGAGGUGGUUUACACUGCAUAGGAAUGAACUUAAAUAUUUCAAAGACCAGAUGUCCACAGAACCAAUUCGGGCACUAGACUUAACGGAAUGCUCAGCAGUGCAAUUUGAUUACUCACAGGAACGAGUAAACUGUUUCUGUUUAGUAUUCCCGCUAAGGACAUAUUACCUAUGUGCAAAGACUGGCAUAGAAGCUGAUGAGUGGAUUAAGAUACUGCGAUGGAAAUUGUCACAAGUAAGAAAACAACAGGACCAGCGUGACGCCACCUCUCCUCUGUAGUUAUGCCUCUAAAUAAUUUAGUCAGCGAGAGUCAGCCUUCAGCAAUGAGUGUCACUUCACAUGAGAGCGGUUUCAGCACAUGCGUUACCUACAGUGUACGUCUAUGUACUUGCAUAUAUAAGAUUAAUGCUUCAGAAUGUGAAGUGUUAUCAGUGAAAACCAUUGCAUCCUAACAAUGCUGGUUCCCUACCCAAUCCUAUGUUCCUAUUCGGUUCACUUAUGCAUCACAAAAGUGUUCAGUAUUUGAAACUUUCGGUAUAGUAGUAAAGCACGCUCAGUUAGCUUAAUUGAGCUUCUGUAAUAAAUGCAUAACUAACUACUAGCAACAGCUGUUCUGCCUGGGUUAGCCCACUCAUUUGAAAUCGGCUUUUUUCUGGAAACUUUAAAUAUUUGUUUUGCAUUGUGUUUUAAGGGUUUAAAUCCUAGAGGAAAAUUAUGUCUUUAGAGUGGAUUUUUUUCAUUGUGAAACUGACUAGAGUAUAUUUUUGUAAUUAAUGUGAGUCCCUAUUACAUGGAAAAUAUAAACUUAAUAUUUUUAAA